AUGAGCCACUCCCAUCCACAACAAAGUAACACUACCCAUCUAUUUAACCAAAUGGAUCUUUCAGGUUUUUCUUCUGCUAUUGGAGAUCAUAUUUUAGACCUGUGUGGACAAAAGGAUGAGCCUUAUGUGGUUGUUAAAAUUUCGUUUCUCACCUAUCAAAGACUUUUAGCAAUGUUAAAUGGAUCCAAUUCGACGCUUAAUAACUCUUACGCCGUCAACACCAAUACGAAAAACACAUGUGUAGAAGCGUCGUGCUCAGGAUCCACAAGCAUGUUUAAAGGCGGCCAACAAGGUCACGCAGAAUAUGAAUCAGACGAUAUGGACUCGACCGAGAAAAAAAGCACAAAAGGUGAUGCCGGAGUCGUUAAGGGUUCAUGGAGUGAGCAAGAGGACGAAAAAUUACUGCAACUGGUAAAAAAACAUGGACCAAAGCGUUGGUCUUUUAUUGCUUCCCAGUUGGAAGGAAGAGUGGGCAAGCAAUGUAGGGAACGGUACUUGAACCAUUUGGAUCCAAGAAUUAACAAAAAAGCAUGGACGGAAGAGGAGGAUAGAAUAAUUAUUGAGCUUCACGAAAAACAUGGCAAUCAAUGGGCAAAAAUUAGCAAAGCUUUAGAAGGACGAACUGCAAAUGCAAUCAAAAAUCAUUGGAAUUCAACUUUGUCAAAGCGUUUUGAGAAAAAAACAAAAACAAAAAAGGACCCAAGCGAAGUCAAAAUAGAUGAAUCCGUCCAAUCACAACAUGUUAUUCAUCAGGACCAAUUUUUAACCGAAGCAAACGUUUUAGCUCAAAGCAGAAGCGAAUGCUACCGAGAUCAUCCCCAACUCUCAUGUAAAUCCUCCGAGUUCAAUGACCUUUUCCUUGCAACACCUCUUGCCGACAGCAACCCUCUCAAAAGAUCUUUUCGUGACACUCUGGAACCCAUAGACGACACAUGCAAGAAAUUCAAACGAAACGAAAACGAUAUUAAAUUGGAAUCAGAAGAAACUUUAAAUGUAGAAAACUCUGCAGACGAAGAUGACAAUUCUCACCAAUGCAAUAGAAAAGACAAAUUCAAAAAUUUAAGAAUUAAUUUAGUGGAAAAAAGUGGCGAUACCAGCUCGGAUAGAUCUUCUAGCGUUAUUUGUCACACUACUUCAACACCAACUGGAAUAGAAGGUGCUGUUUCAGUGUUAACUGAGCACACUCUUCCUACUGGAUUUACACCUCGCUUCACGACAAGUAUUUCUGAUAAUCAAUUAACAUUUUGUUCUCCAACUCCAAGCGGCCUGUCCUCAAUAUUUGCUCAAACUUUCAACGAUGGAUCAACACCUUCAAACCUGCAAUUGCCAGAAAUUUUCAUGGACGAAAUGAUGUUUGUUUCUCCCAAGAACGGAAAGAAUGGCUGA